AUGGCUCAGAAUGGCCACGACUCCGAGCUGUACGCGGCUGGGGGCGAUAAAUAUGCUGGUUAUGCAACCACCAUACCUAUGGACGAAGAGGAGGACGAGGAGGAGCCACGGCCAGGCAUCGGCGGCCCCAGUGCCGCGUCUCUGGCCGCGCUGAAGCACAAUAUCGCUGACCCCGAGGCCGAGGGGGAGGAUGGCGAGCCUGACGGCUUCAUGCGCACCAAGCGCAUCAUCGAUAGAGAGGAUGACUACCGGCGCCGCCGCCUCAACCGCGCGCUGUCGCCCGAGCGCAACGACGCAUUUGUCAUGGGCGACAAGACGCCCGACGCGCGCGUGCGCACGUACGGCGACAUCAUGCGCGAGGCGGCGCUCGCGCGGGAGCGCGACAAUACGCUGCGAAACAUCGAGGCCAAGAAGAAGGCGGAGGCCGAGGCGGCUGAGGCGGCGGCGGCGGCGGGCGGCAGCGCGGCGGCGGGGGCGGCCGCGCAGGCAGCGGCGGCGGCGGCGGCGGAUGCUGCGGGGCUGAAGCGGAAGAACAGAUGGGACGCGGGGCAAAACGGCGAAGCCAAGCGGCCAAAGUCGGAUUGGGAUGCGGACGGCGGCGUCGAGGCCACUCCCGCGGCGCCCAGCCAGUGGGGCGCCACGCCCGGCCCCGCCGGCGGCAGCAAGUGGGACGCGACGCCCGGGCCGGCGAGCAGCAGCGGCAGCAGAUGGGACGCCACCCCCGGGCCCUCGACGGGCGCGGCGGCGGGCGCCCGGCGCAACCGGUGGGACGAGACGCCGAAGGUCGACGGCGGCGCGACGCCCGCGUGGGGCGGCGAGACGCCGGCCGUCGGCGCGGACGGCGCGAAGAAGCGCUCCCGCUGGGACGAGACGCCCGCGGCGCCCGGCGGCGGCGCCGCCGCCUUCGGCGCGACGCCCGCCAUUGGCGGCGCGUUCGGCGCGACGCCCGCGUUCACGCCGGGCGGCGCGGCGGGGCUGGAGACGCCGGCGGUGCUGGGCGGCGCGGUGCCGAUGACGCCGGAGCAGUACCAUGCGGCCAAGGUGGAGCGGGAGAUGGAGGCGCGCAACAGGCCGCUGUCGGAUGAGGAGCUGGAUGCGCUGCUGCCCGGCCCCGAGGACGGGUACAAGGUCCUGCCGGCGCCCCCCGGCUACCAGCCCAUCUACACCCCUGCGCGCAAGCUCAUGUCCACGCCCACGCCCAUGAUGGGCGGCGGCACGCCCUUGUACCACAUGCCAGUGGAGGACCCAGGCAUGAAGCAGGCCGUGCCCCCCCAGCUGGAGGGCCUGCCGGACAUGAAGCCCGAGGACAUGGCAUUCUUCGGGAAGCUGCUGCAGGCGCGCGGGGCACGGGGGGAUGCGGAGGACGCGGAGCUGAGUGUGGAGGAGGCCAAGGAGCGCAAGAUCAUGAAGCUGCUGCUCAAGGUCAGAGGUUUCGGGGGCAAAGCGGCCAGAGCGGCGGCAAAGAGGGCGCGGGCUCCCCGGUGGCAGCUGGGGUGUUCUGGGUAA